GACUCGUUCAUCGGCCAGCUGCCUUCUUUGGUUUCUUCUAACUUCCGGUCAUUGUCCUGGGACAACGGCGGUGCUCGGCCAGGGGAAUGCCCGGUUUUUCUCGACGAUGGGCUGUGGCCGAUAGUAGAUCAAUAAGGCCUAGGGUCGACCGAGCGUGUUGCCGACGACCUCGAUCUCCGUCCAGAGCUAUCGCCUGGAUCUCACCUUAAUAGCCCAUUGUUCGCAGGAACCUGCCGUCACGUGUUGUGGCUCAUUUCUUUGCUAUGGACUGACAUCUCUGCAUUAUCCAUUUUCUUGCCGGGAGAGGACUCAUAUCUUCUGCGGGGAGACCGGCCCCCUUUUUCAGUCCUUCUGGCAUUUCCUGGGGACCCUAGCCAGAGACCUGUCCACUCUCUGCCGCACUUCUCUGUCGUCCCGGUUCCUCUCUUCGUCGUCUUUCCUUUCUGUCAUGGUCGCCGUAGAGACGCUCUCGUUUAAACUACAGAUUUACAUUUUAGACACUUCUUCGACUGCAUUGACGGGAGCUUUCUUCUCGACAAUCUCUUCUACAACACUUAGUAAGAGGACCGGAGCCUGGAGCCUGGAGGAAGAUGCAGUGGUAGCCGACAGCCGCGACACUCGGCAAUGACGACAAGCCUUCUGUUAGUCAAUCAGUCUCUGUUCUAGAGAAGAAGAAGAAGAAGAUACCUUUUGUAAGCCUGUAACCGGAGGUGAAGAAGAAGAAGAACGACGGCAAGUCGGCAAUACAGACUCGACACUCGACGACAACUGGCAGUCGGCAAUCGACACUCGAUUAAGCCAAAAUAAAAAACCGAAUAAUAAAAUCGAACCCGACCAAAAAUCGAUUAAGCCAAACCGAUUAAACCGAAAUCAAAAUGUUUUUCGGUUUUAACUGAUUUAUGCUCACCCCGGGUCGCUGUCAAUCCAGAAGUUUCAAGACAUUACAGGACAGGACUGUCUCUCGGUUGAACUUGCCAAAUGGCAAAAUCUCAUUCGUCCAUAUACGUGGAAGGACCAAAGACCCAAAAGGAACGCGGCAACUUCCUCUGCGUGCAUCUUUGAUUACGUGGCUACCAUUCAUUGGUCAGAACACUCUAGCUGCACAAAAACCGCCAACUACACGGAGAGUCGGAGACUAUAAAAUUUCGAUUUUCGACCACGAAGGUCAUCUCUCCCUCAGCUUUCUGUUACGAACGAGAAGAAACUACUCUCUAGUCUCUGCAUUCUCUUCCAUAGAAGUUCAGAACAGAAGAAAGGCCAAAGAAGCGAAAGAUCUACUACAAGCAUUCAACGAAGAUGGGGGCAAAAUACAGGGCAACAGCAUUGUUGGUUCUCUUCGCUAUGGAAUUUCUGUUAGGAUUAGCUGUGGCUUCUGAAGAAUCUCCUAAGCUCGGGACUGUAAUUGGUAUCGAUCUCGGGACGACAUAUUCUUGUGUUGGUGUCUACCGGAAUGGACACGUUGAGAUUAUAGCGAACGAUCAAGGGAAUCGGAUCACCCCCUCGUGGGUUGCAUUUACAGACUCCGAGCGUCUCAUUGGGGAGGCGGCCAAGAACCAAGCGUCUCUCAAUGCCGAACGGACCAUCUUUGAUGUUAAGAGACUUAUUGGGAGAAAGUUUGAUGAUCCGGAGGUGCAGAGAGAUAUCAAGUUCUUGCCUUAUAAGGUCGUGAACAAAGAUGGCAAGCCUUAUAUACAGGUGAAAAUCAGAGAUGGAGAGACCAAGGUGUUUAGCCCUGAAGAAAUCAGUGCUAUGAUACUGGGGAAGAUGAAGGAGACGGCUGAAGCUUAUUUGGGGAAGAAAAUUAAGGACGCCGUAGUUACUGUUCCAGCUUAUUUCAAUGAUGCUCAGAGGCAGGCCACCAAAGACGCCGGCGUGAUUGCUGGACUCAAUGUGGCUCGGAUAAUCAACGAACCCACGGCUGCGGCUAUUGCCUAUGGUCUCGACAAGAAGGGAGGAGAAAAGAACAUUCUGGUCUAUGAUCUCGGUGGUGGUACCUUCGAUGUCAGUAUCUUGACGAUCGACAAUGGUGUGUUCGAGGUGCUCGCUACCAGCGGAGACACCCACUUAGGAGGAGAAGACUUCGACCACAGAGUGAUGGACUACUUCAUCAAGUUGAUCAAGAAAAAGUAUAACAAGGACAUCAGCAAGGACAACAAAGCUCUGGGAAAGCUCCGUCGGGAGUGCGAACGCGCCAAGCGAGCACUGAGCAGCCAGCACCAAGUCCGCGUCGAGAUAGAAUCCCUCUUUGAUGGCGUCGAUUUCUCGGAGCCAUUGACGAGGGCGAGAUUUGAAGAGCUGAACAUGGAUUUGUUCAAGAAGACAAUGGGUCCCGUGAAGAAAGCUCUGGAGGAUGCAGGUCUGAAAAAAACGGACAUUCACGAGAUUGUGCUCGUUGGAGGCAGUACUCGUAUUCCCAAGGUCCAGCAGCUUCUGAAGGAGAUGUUCGACGGGAAGGAACCCAACAAGGGUGUUAAUCCUGAUGAAGCUGUUGCUUAUGGCGCUGCCGUUCAAGGCGGAAUUCUCAGUGGUGAAGGCGGAGAGGAAACCAAAGACAUUCUUUUGCUCGAUGUUGCGCCACUUAGUCUGGGGAUUGAAACGGUUGGUGGGGUGAUGACCAAAUUGAUCCCAAGGAACACCGUCAUCCCCACCAAGAAAUCUCAGGUUUUUACGACCUACGAAGACCAGCAAACGACUGUGUCGAUCAAGGUCUAUGAAGGUGAGAGGAGCCUAACCAAGGAUUGUCGCGAGCUUGGAAGAUUUGAUCUCUCGGGCAUUCCACCUGCUCCAAGGGGAGUACCACAGAUUGAGGUUACGUUUGAGGUGGAUGCGAAUGGUAUUCUUCAUGUGAGGGCGGAGGACAAGGCGGCCAAGAAAUCAGAAUCAAUCACCAUAACAAAUGACAAAGGGCGUCUCAGCCAGGAGGAGAUAGAGAGGAUGGUGAAGGAAGCAGAGGAAUUCGCAGAGGAGGAUAGGAAGGUGAAGGAGAAGAUCGAUGCGAGGAACAAGCUGGAGACGUACGUCUACAACAUGAAGAGCACUAUCAACGACAAGGACAAGCUCUCUGAUAAGAUCGAUUCCGAUGACAAGGAGAAGAUCGAGAGCACACUGAAGGAGGCGCUGGAGUGGUUGGACGAUAACCAGAGUGCAGAGAAGGACGAUUACGAAGAGAAGUUGAAGGAGGUAGAAGCAGUGUGUAAUCCGAUCAUAAAGCAAGUAUACGAGAAGAGUGGUGGAAACUCUUCGGGGUCGGGAGAUGAAGAUGAAGCCAACGACGAGUUGUAGUCUUGUAGAUACAGAAACAGAGUAGAUAGUCUUUACUCUUUCACUUACUGUCCCUCACGAUUUCAUCCUUUAUUUUAUUAUUUUUUUUUUUUCUUCUGGUUCUUGUAAAGUAGAAAAGCUGGAAAUCAGAAAAUGGAGAUUUCAGAAUACUUUAAAAUC